AGACGAAACGAAGUCACACGAAGAGAAGACGAGACGGAGAGUACACGACACCGUGUACUUUAUCAUGAUUCUACUUUACUAUACUCCAUACAUGAGGAUUUUAUAUACGAAGAUUUUAUAUACGAGGAUACUUUAGACCCGAGGAUACUUCCUGAGGAUAUUUACACAUCAGGAUACUUUACAUCUGAAGGUACUUUACACCUGAAGGUCCAUGUUGGGUCGUGGCGUGAAGAGGAAGUGGAGCUGCCUGGAGGAGCUGGAGGUGGAGAUGGUCCCGGCUGCAGUGACGGAGGAGAAGGAGCAGCGUGGGGAGGUGGAGCACUUUGUGGCGCCGUCCAGAUCCGAGAUGAACCACCUGCAGCAGCGGCAGCGGGUGCUCGGCCUCUGUCUGGAGAAGCUGCAGCGGUACCAGGUCGGGAUGGAGCUCAGCCUGCGCCGCUCGGUGCUGCUCAUCAACACGCUGCGGCAGAUCCAGGAGGACAUGCAGAGCGACGGGGCUGGAGCCGGCAGCCCGGACGCUCCCCUCCACGGUGUCCACCCUGACUCCCGUCUUCUCAGGGAGGACACCAGGGAGGACGGGCCGGUCACAUGCCCGGGGUGUGAAGAGGGGGACAGGGACGACCUGCCUCUGUCUCCACCGCUGUCCCCUGAGUUCUCCUCUCAGGAGGCAAACACCUCGAUGGACCAGCAGAAACCCCCGCCCGCCUCCACGAUCAGUGCUGUUAGUGAUGCAGUCAACGCCAUGGGCUACCUCAGCGACCUCACCCUGGACGACAUCUUUGAGGACAUUGACACGUCAAUGUAUGAGACUUCAGAUCUGCCUCCUGUGUGGUCGACCAGCUCCUUGUGGCCCGUCAGCGUCUCACUAUGGGCGGACGAGGACCAGAAAGUGCGCUCGCCAGGCCACGGCUCACCGGGGAGCCUGAAUGAGCUGGACCACAUCAUGGAGAUCCUGGUGAAGUGUUGACCACCAGGAGGAAGUCCUGGACGUUUACGACAGUUGAUCGAUCAAGGCUUCUCAGACACUGAUGUGAGGGUCGAUGAUGGUCCAUUCAAGGCUCCAUUGGACAUUUUACAUGAAAAUGAGUUUUAAACUUCAGCUUUAAAACACGUUGCACUGUUUUUGUGGCGUCAAACUGGAGAAACAGACAUUCAGGUGGAAAAUCCAGACAAACAAGAGAAUCUUCUGCUUUCCUCUGUUUUACACUUUCUUCUGAUAUUUUAUUGACCAAAUUAUGAAUCAGUUAUUUAAGAAAAUACUCUAUAAUUGUCACUUUACAGCAGCAGACAGAAGGUCCGGCUUCAGGAGGUGUUUUGAGAAAUCUGUGAAAAAGGAAUAUUGCAGCACCCGGGAGGGAAGUGAUGUAACGUCGGCUUGAAGCCAUUUGACAGUGUUACAUGUCAACAGUUGUUUAUUAAUUGAAAUCCCUUCAAUUACUUGAAGAGGGUGUGCUUCAGCCGGACGGGGGGGGGGUGCAAAGGCCCGGGUUUCCCUUCGGCUCGGGGACUUGAACGCACCGUGUAGGAUCUUUAAAGCAGAAACAAGCCUCUACUCAAACCAACGAACGCCACGCCCACGUCCAAUCACAAGAGGAGCUGGACUAUAUUAUUAUUUAUGAAUGAAAAGCCACAUCAGAUUUUAUUUGUGCAUUUGUCGUUUGUACGGGUGCGACUGUAACUUAUCGUCUACGCUGCAUGACGGCGGCCAUUUUGCUUUUGGUGACCCCUCCUGUGGCACCGAUCGGGACGAACUGUACAAGUAACAUCCACGUGAACAGCGUCUCCUCAUCGGCAGCUGGUGUUCACAUCCAAACAUGUAUUUCAAAUGUUGCUUCUGACCGAGGACACGACCUCGACAUGUCUCAGAAUUGUAAAUAACAACAGAUGCCUGUGUCUUUUUAUGGCCUUGGUCAUGUGAAUUUCUACUGUUAAAUGUUUUCAUAUGUUUUUCUACCUGAAACUCACGUCUAAGAGAUAAAGAGAUCAGAUGCUCGACCUUCACUUCCUGUGGUUUACUCCUGUUCUACCUCCGUGUCUCCGUGGACCUGGACUCCUCUGUGACUCCGUGUUACUGGUGGACACAAGCUACAGCUGUUUAUCUCAUUGUUUGUGAACUGGGCUGAUAAUCCAACGCCACGCUGGACGACCAAAGCAAUCCGUCCUCGUCUUCGUCUCUGGUCUCAUGUCCACAAUGUGCCUUACUACUGGUUUUUGUAUUAUUUGUGUUGGGCCGUUUGUGGCCGUUUGGGCUCGAGCCUCAUUGAUAAAACAACCGGAGAACAGUGGGGGGGGGGGGGGGGUGUUAUGUAAACGCAGCGAGCCUCUGAACCGUCAUUGUUUCCUGCCUCUUCUCGGCCCUUUUGUUUUUUCGCCUCGCUCGCUGCACACGGCCGGCGUAUGAGCUUAACACAUCCUGACAGGCUGACAGUGAACUAGCUGAGGGAGGAGGUGGCAGCCCGGGCCAGGAGGGGGAAAUAAGCAGUGGUGGAGGAGGAGGAGGAGGUGGGAGGAAGAGGAGGAGGAGGCGGAGGGGGUGGAGGCUUGCGUCACUCGCUCGGUGGGAGGAGUUUCAAACUUGUUUUGCCCCGACUCGGACCAGGGUCCAAUCAGGGGAGGCGUGGGAGGAGCCGGCUGCUGCCUCAACAACAACUUGUUUUUCGCUCCUGAUGCACAGACAGUGUUUGGAUCAGCUGGAUUUCAACCUGCUGGUUUUUAUCCCACUUAUAUAAUCUAUCAGACAGAAAGAAUCGAAACCAACAGGAAGCUAUGAAGAGUUAUUUAUAAUUGUGUGGGUCUUUAAAGCACAAGCUGUGUGUUUUUCACGAUGAUGUACAUGUAACUGAAGGAUUCUGGGUAAUGAAAGGAUAAUUAAUAAUGUAUUGUAUUUUUCUGUGGAAUAUUUUAUAGAUUUUAUUCAAUGAUACAGUAAAAGAAAAUGAAUUCA